UAUCAAGUGGUAACGAGUUUUCGGUUUUGUUGUUAUAUAUUAGGUCAAAUAACUGCCUUAACGGUCCAUUUUCUCUAUGCCAAACUAAUAAAUGACGUCGAAAUUAUUUUACAUAUACCUGAAAAAUUCAUUGAGACAUCACAAGAAAUCAAAUUUGGUCGAGAAAAUAAAAUCUAAAUAUAUUCCAAAUUACAGUAUAUGAGACUAAUUUGUGUUCCGUUUAGUUUUCUUUUUGAAGGCCCAUGGCUACCCACGUUAUCAAACAAAAUUUUGGUUGUGUUUUACUUGUGAAUUUUGUGCGUUGGGUUUCACUUAUUGUAGAUUCUAAUUAAAUGGUAUGGGAAUCAACAUGUUCGUAAGCAUAAAUUUGAAGUUGCAUGCGGUUUUCUGCUUCAUUAAGUUUAAUCGUCAGCUUUGAGGAACAAUUCAAAAACUAACAAAAUCAUAAGAUGUAAGUAAAUGGCAAACAAAUGAGGAUACUGUUAUGAAAAUCUCCUGGCUGAAUAUUCUAUAAGAUAAUGCUUUCUUACUAACCAUUUUAACAAUAAUGAUAUCAUGAAAUGAGUGAAAAAAUGUAUAGUGAGAUGAGGUAUUGUGCAAUGUAAGAAUGAUUACAGGAUCCAAGUUGUGGUUCAUAUUUUGAAAGUGACAUCCACUCAUCAAGUCAUUUCGACUUCUUUUGUGGUCCGGUCCUCCUAGUGGCUCCACUUCAAAGUAUAGGCAAGCCUCUUCUAGCAUCCUAUUAUUUUUGUAACUAUUAGAUUGUAAAUGGUUGUAACAGUUGAAACAAGUGCGGUUAGAUGUUUUCUAAAGUAGAAAUAUUGCCGGUGUAAUGAAAUCUCACAGAAAAUACUUUACAAUAAUAUACCAUUGUACCAACUCCAAUACAAAGUUAAUGCCAUUUUUGACUAAUACUCUUUACUUUUAUUAGCUAAAUCGAUCAAAACAAAGUUAUAGGGAUACAGUUUUUUCAACUAUGGAUGAUUGUUUAAAUCAACAUAUUUAAGUACAAUUUUUUUCUAUUUAACUCUACACGUUGACGCAAAAAAUUAAAGCCAGAUAAAAUCAGAACAACUUGAAUAUUCAAAAAUCAUUUUAAUGGUGACAAAAUAAACCAGCUGCGAAUAGUGUAUACAUAUUAUAUGCCCUCCAUCCUUAUUGUUUAUAAACCGACAUGAAAUGAAUCAUUAACAGAUCUUACUUAAUAUACAUGACACAGGCUCAAAUCUUCAAGAGAUCACAAUAUACUACUGCAAGUUAUUUGUACGAUUAGUGUGUUUCCAAAAACACAAACAAUAAUGAUUUAAAAAAUUAAACACAUUUUUUUUUUAAGAAUUAAAAUUAGGAUAGCACCUCCCGACCAGCGCACCACGACAUAAAAGUGUAUAAUUUUUUUUUAAAUGAGAAAAAUAUCAAUCAGGGCCCCACCUAAGAUAAUGGCAUUCCUCGUAAUAUUCCCGAAAUAUAAGGGCAUUUACGUAACCUCAAACUCUAUAAAUAUACAAAGACACAUCUCCAAAACUGGACAUACAAAAAAAUCUCCAAAGACAUUAUUGACACAGAAGAUUAUCACAAACUAAAGUAAGGAACAAAAAUCCAAACAAGUUUUUUAAAAAAGAUGGGGAAUUGUAUAGUAAUGGAGAAGAAAGUGAUAAAGAUAAUGAGAAAUGAUGGAGAAGUAGUUGAAUACAGAGGACCCAUGAAGGUUCAUGACAUCCUCACCCAAUUCUCUGGUCACUACUCUCUCUUUGAUUCUCUGUCAAACCAUUGUCAUCUUCAUCCACAAGCCAAGCUUCUCUGUGGUCGUCUCUACUAUCUCAUGCCGAAGCAGACGACCACAGUAAAGCACAAGAAAACGAAGAAAGUCAGGUUUGCAGAUCCAGAGGUUGAAAAAGAAGGAGAUACUAAGGAGAAGAGUCCUAGUGUCGUGAGAGUGAAGAUGGUCGUGAGUAAGAAAGAGCUAGAGAAGCUGCUUCAAGGAGGUUCAGUUCAUGAAGUCGUCUAUAGGAGUCUUGAUAAGCAACAUCUGUGUCAUGAUGAUGCUGCUGCUACUGAAGAGUGUCUUAGAGGGUGGAGACCUUUGUUAGAUAGCAUUCCAGAAUCUGAUUAGCUUAUAGCAUGUCCAUAUCUUACACAUAUACGUGACACAUACAUAGAUAUAUACAUAGAUAACAGAGAGGAAAGAAAGUAUGUAAGUCCCGGGUUCCAACGGUGUUACAUAAAAGAAAGUUUCAAAGUUUGUAAUAAAACCCCAGAAAAUGUGAAUAAAUGUUAUGUUGAAUUUU